UAGGUGGCGAUCACCCCCAGGUCUGUUAGGGGAGUGGUGGAUAACGGAGGGGACAGGGGGUGCUUCAUCCAUCCUGUGAUCCUGAUUGACAUCGCGCUGUUGGUAGGAGGUGUGCGGACAGGUAGUGCAUUCCUUGUGAAGCUCGCCAGAUGAAAUAGCUCGCCUCCUUGACUCCAGCAGUCCUUGGUGACGAGGUGAAUCUUGGUAAACUCCAGAUUGCCUUUCCAUUCAAUGCCUAACGUAGAGGUCGUCAGAGAAGCUAAUGGUUCUGGCAGAAACGAGGAGACGUCUACAGAGAAAUGUGAGAAGGACAAUCUCCAAGCCAAUGUGAAGACCUACAAUGUGGGAAGCUUGGGACCUGCUAAUGAGCGUCAUUAUCCUUGGGGAUGUCCAGUGACUCACACAAGAGAAAAGUUCUAUACUAUAUGUUCUGACUAUGCGUUGUUAAACCAAGCAACAUCCCUGUGCAAAACUUCCAGUUCUGCUAGCAGCACAAGUUCCCAGGAGAAACCCGGCUUUACCAACCCAUUGAAUUACAUAGAUCUUGCGGCUGGUGCUUCUGAUAGCCUAUAUAAUGAGGAUGCUAGCUUGGACUCUUUAUCCAGUGAUGUUGGGACAUAUCCUCUUGCCUGGGAAAUUGACACGUCAGACUUUAACACAAUGACUACGAAGUUAAAACCUAAAACCGGCGUAGCAAAACAAGCUCCAAAGAAGAAGCCUGACAGAAAGGUGAAGCCACUGAGGGAAUGCACACAACACUUUAUAGCAGAUGAGAUUAAGCAACGUAAAGUUCUAGAUCUCCGAAGAUGGUAUUGCAUCAGUCGGCCCCAGUACAAGACGUCCUGUGGUAUUUCCUCUCUAGUAUCCUGCUGGAACUUUCUGUAUAGCACUGUGGGAUCAGGAAGCCUUCCACCAAUCACUCAAGAAGAAGCUCUGCAUAUAUUGGGUUUCCAGCCACCCUUUGAAGAAAUUCGGUUUGGUCCUUUUACUGGAAAUACCACUUUAAUGAGAUGGUUCAGACAAAUAAAUGAUCAUUUUCACGUGAAGGGGUGUUCAUAUGUUCUUUACAAACCUCAUGGAAAAAACAAGACUGCUGGAGAGUCCGCUGCUGGAGCUUUGUCAAAGUUAACUCAGGGUUUGAAAGAUGAUUGCAUGGCCUACAUUUACCACUGCCAGAAUCAUUACUUUUGCCCUAUUGGAUUUGAAGCCACGCCAUUAAAAGCCUGUAAAGCAUACAGAGGUCAGAUGUUCCAGCAUGAAGUAGAAUACUGGAUAUUAAUAGGAGAGCCGAGCAGAAAACAUCCAACAAUUCACUGCAAAAAAUGGACAGACAUUGUUACAGAUUUGAACACACAAAAUCCAGAAUUCUUUGAUAUUCGACACACUGAAAGGGGCCUACAAUACAGAAAAACGAAAAAGACUGGAGGAAAUCUCCAUUGUAUAAUGGCUUUUCAAAGACUCAGCUGGCAAAGAUUUGGCCCGUGGACCUUUCAGCUUGGCAACCUGAGACCCGAUCCCCAGCCUUCAGCUCAAACAAGGAGAAUUCCUAAAUCUGAAAGUGAAGAUAAUGUGGCAAAGAAACAACACGGACGCCUGGGAAGGUCAUUCAGUACUGGCUUUCAGCAAGAGCUUGCAUGGAAGAGAAUGUGUAACGUCAAUGAGAGACGAGGCAGUGGCUCCCCGGAAAGCGAUACAGAUGGCGAUGGAACUGACUGACCUGAAAGUCAACAUUGAUUAUUCUAUUAGAAAUGUGUGCUAUUUUAUCAGUUCACAGCAAUAGUGUUGAAAUUAUGAACUUGUGUUUUAGAGGUAUAAGCACCACGCAUGUACCUCUUCUUUGUUAGUUUUGUUCAUUUCUGUUACACAUUGGUGUAGGCUGCUCAUGGUGUUGAAAUACUGUGGUCAUGACUGUGAUACUGUAUGUAUAACAAAGACUUUGCAUACUGAAUCUUGGCUAUGUUGCCUCAAAUCCAUGAAGCUGGGUAAACUCACACGGGCAGCCUGUUAGAAAACAAAAUCACUAUCUAAUCUAGGAAGCAUAUGGCCUGAUCUAAUAAAAAAUGUAAAUAAAAAAAAA